UGUGGGCACCGGGACCAGAGCCCUCCCCCUGCAAACGGGCGGCAGCAGCAGCAGCAGCAGCAGCAGCCUAAGAGCCAGCGGGCGGUCCAGCCAGCCAGCCAGCCAGCUGCAUCCCCUGCCUGCCUGCCUGCCUGCCUCCGCCUCCCGUUUCCACUGCCGACUCAGCCAAGAUGCACGCCUCCUUCCUGCUGGCCCUCCUGGUGCUUCUGGUCAGGACGGACGGACGGCGGUCAGGGAGCCACACGCACCGCAGCCACCCCCACCGGCACGCCCACUGCUUCCACGCUGAGGAGCUGCAGAACGCAGAGGUGCCCCCGAUGUUCCAGAGGAGGGCUGCCCGGUGGACGCGCCACAUCGCCCUGCAGAUGGUGCCGGCCCUUGAGAGCGAGCAGGCCGGCGCCCGGAGGCAGCGGAGACACCCGGAGGCCACCUGCUCCGACUUCAAGCUCCAGGACCUGCUGAACAAAGACAUCAAUGAACGCUCCAUCUCGCCCUGGAAAUACAACAUCGACGAAGACGCCGACCGCUACCCGCGCAAGCUGGCCUUUGCCGAGUGCCUGUGCAGGGGCUGCAUCGACCUCCGGACGGGCCAAGAGUCCUCCUCGCUCAACUCCGUGCCGGUCCAGCAGAGCAUGAUGGUGCUGCGGCGCAGGCCCUGCCAGCGCGAGGACGGCGCCCCCGGCUUCUCCUUCGAGGUGGACUACGUCCCCGUCCCCGUGGCCUGCGCCUGCAUCCUG